AUGAGACUAGAAAACGAAGACAUAUCAUGGAAGCUCUCCAGAGUCCUUUUACAUCUCAUACAAGAAAACAACACCCAUCCCCAUCCCUCAGGCCAUCGUUGCGCGCACCACAACAACCCAGAAUGGGCCUUGGAAAUGGAAACAUGGUCUCAACUAGAAACCAUGCGCCAGCUUCUAUGUCAGCGUCCUCCAGACCCUGUCCUCCCCGAUGAGAUCCUCGCCGACAUCGACGCCGUCAUAAAGAACUACAACGGCCACAACCUCCUGACUUCUUCGACAUCAAUCGCCCCCAACGCGAUCAUCAAACCGACCUCCAAAGACAGUCACAAAUCCAUCAACCUCUCAGUCUGGAAAGGCGACAUCACAGCCCUCACAGACGUCACGGCGAUCGUCAACGCAGCUAAUUCCCAGCUUCUAGGCUGUUUUCUUCCGGACCACCGCUGCAUCGAUAAUAUCAUCCACGCAGCAGCGGGUCCACGUCUCCGGGAUGCCUGUCACGCCAUCAUGCUCAAUCAGGACCACCUGGAGCCCGUAGGCUCCGUCAAGGUAACGCCGGGGUUUGAUCUGCCAGCAUCCUAUGUUCUUCACACGGUUGGUCCGCAGCUGAAGGGACGGCAGAAGCCCACCGCUCUGCACGAGAAACAGCUCGCGAACUGCUACACUUCAUGCUUAGACGGCGCAGAAGCUCUCCCGCCACUUCCCGACGGCCGCAAAGUCGUGGUCUUCUGCUGCAUCUCGACGGGGCUGUUCGCGUUUCCUUCUGAUGUAGCGGCUAGAAUUGCCCUGCAGACCGUGGUAGAGUGGUGCUUCGCCCAUCCAACCACCACGGUAACGGAUAUUAUCUUCGACACGUUCCUCGAGAAGGACUGGGUGCUGUAUAGAGAGAACAUGCGCUCCCUACACCAGACUUCGGGUAUCACUGUCUCGGAGAUGAACCCGCCAACCAAAUUGCUCGAUCCAGUCCUCACCCCGGCGGUCAUGCAGGCCCGCGAAUGGCUUCGCAACGCAGACUACCUGAUCAUCACAGCAGGCGCGGGUCUCUCGGCCGCUAUUGGAUUGGAUUACACCUCUCGGGAUCUAUUCGAGCGCCACUUCCCUGCGUUCCAAGCCCUAGGACUAAACCGGCUCUACGACGUGUUCGGGUUCCAGGGGUGGAAAGACGAGCGGCAGAAAUGGGGAUACUACUUCCUCCACCUGAACAUGGUCCGAAACUGGCCUUCCUCCGCACUGUACACACGACUUCUCAAACUCGCCGAGCGCUUCGGGUCGCAGUCCUUCGUGCGCACGUCCAACGCAGACGGGCUCUUCGUAGCAAACGGGUUCUCCGCGGACCGAGUCUCCACGCCGCAAGGACAGUAUCGAUUCCUGCAGUGUCUGGCGAAAUGUCGACCCGAUGCGGUGUUUCUGUCGGAGCCGUUCGUGGACGCAGCGUUACCGUUCAUCGAUCCUAUCACUCAAUGCUUAACGGAAGAGUCGAAGAUCCCGCGAUGCAUGCACUGCAGUGGAGAACUGACCCUGUGCGUACGGGGAGGGAAAUACUUCAACGCGCGACCGUUCCGGGAGCAAGAAAAGAAAUACGAAGAGUUUCCGCUGGGAGUGGUUCUUGAACUGGGCGUUGGGCUGAACACGCCGGGAGUCUUGCGCUGGCCGAAUGAAGAGCUGCUGGAGAAGUCGACGAGUCGGAGUUUUCGCCUGAUUCGUGCCGGGAUUGGGGCUUCUGCUUGUGCGCCGUGGGAUUUGGAGGAGCAGGGCUUGGCAGUUGGCUUGGCGGGCGAUUUGAAUGCGGUGGUUCAUGCUUUAUUAGGGUGA